GAAUACGAAGUUCUUCAGUUCUAUGAAGUAUUUUCACGAUAAAAAAAGUUCGUCUUAUUUUGUUUUGAUCGCAUAAUUGAAAACGUUCGAAUCUUCUUCUUUUUUUAAGUGAUAAAAGUGCCUUUAAGUAUAAUGUGUAUAAUGGAAUGUCUUGAAAAUUGAACAAUUAACUACAUUUUAAAUGAAACAAUCUGUCAAAUAUUGGAUUGAUUACAAUUUAAUAGAAGUGCGAAAAAUAAGAAGGAAAAAAAAACGAAAUUAAUCAAAAAUGGCCGAUGGAAAUUGGAGGAAACGCGAUGAAUUCGAUACAAAUAGUUCCGAGGAGGAAGAUGAACCCGUUGAAUUACGAAAUAAGUGCACAAUGGUGGAGAAAACGGCAUCACUUGAUAUAUCAAAUAGUUAUCGACGGGAAAUGACGACUGGACGUGAAAUGAUUGAAGAUAUUUUCAAUAAGUUCGAUAUGGACGAAUAUGGUAGUACACCACCACGAACACGCAUCAAAAAUAAGACCCGUGACUGGGAUCGAAAACAACAAAAACUAGAGGCAGCAACUACAAAAGCCAUUCGUGGUAAUCGAAUGUCGCGCAAAGUAAAUCGACGAAAUACAUUAGACUGUGCACUAUUAAAUGAAAUAUUCAUUGAUGACGAUACAAAAAAAUGUGAUAAACGAUCAAUGCAAUUGUUAAGAGAAUCGGAACGAGAUAUGAAAUUAUCAUCGGGCGCUAUUUAUCCAAUAGCCGGAUCACCAACACCAAUAAAUACAUCGCCAAGUAAAACGUCUUCGACGACACCAAAUUAUUCAAAGAAUGUGAUAAAUACGAACAAAAUAUCAACACCAUAUGAUGAGCGUGAUAGUUUUCCACCGUGUCGUGUGGCCGCAUCAAAUAUCUCUUGUUUAUCGGUUAUACCAAAGCUUAUUGAAACUGGUAAUCGGUUUAUGAGUGUUACAUCCCGGCCAAUCGGAUGCCGUUCUUCGGCUCCGGCUCAAGCAUUUCAAAAUUUACAAAAAGAGUCGAAUGGGCAAAACAGUUUUGUAAACGCUUCGGCCAUUCAUCAACCAAAAAAUAUCGUCAACAAUGCGGGUUUAAGCGAUAAAUCAAUGCUACAAACACGACAAGAAUUUCACGAAACAUUUGCAAAUCUCAUUAAACUUGGUAGCAGUGAUAAACAAGAUGCAAAAUUAUCCAGUGAAGAUUAUCUAUGGCAAACGGAGCUCAAAGAUAUGAUAUGGCUUGAAUUACAGGCACGACACGCCAGUCGCACACUCGAACAACAAGAUAAAUAUUUGUAUUCAGCACGACAAGGAAUACCAGAUCUUCUAAAUAAGAUUUUAAAUUAUAGAUUUGUGAGACGAUUUGAACGCGAAGUGAGUGUCUCUAGCACAGAUAGUGGAGUAUCAGAGCAUUCACCACAUCCGUCUAUGCCAUCAACACCAGAAAGUACUUGUACUGCCGAGACACAAUCUAAGCCAACAGGGUGUUCACAAUGUUAUUCCAUGUACUGUAAGGAUUGUCAAGAGCAACAAACGAUUGCAUUACGUGAAGUAGAAGAAUUAUUGACCCGCUUGGAAGCAGCCGAAGCUUUGUAUCCAUCGUCACAGAUAUUAGCAAAUUUUCACCCAGUGUAUAGAUCACCAAAAUUUGUUGGACGUGUGAAGGCAAUGUGUUUGUGGUACAAUAUAACACGGCACCACCGUUUAAAAUUACUAAUUGUUGGUAAAAUAUUUGCUAGAUUACAGGGAAAAGCAUUUCAAUGGCCAUUGUCAGAAAAUAAGAUGGUUGACAGUUCGGCGUCUUCAUCGAUACAGGAGAACGAAGAUUCUGGCCGUGAUUCAAUAGACUCAAGAAAAGUUCCACAACCAAAAAUACCCAAAGUAAAAUUUACGUGUGACGGAGAUUCAAGCUCAAGUCCGGCCGACAGCGUCAGUGUCAGCCCAUCGGAUAGUAUUGAUUCGAUGCGUGACACCCAAAAUUGUUCAUUGGAUGCGAUAGAAAAUCAAUCAGUGUUGAAUAUGCACGAAUAUCAAGAUAUUUUCAAGCAUGUUGAUCUGUGUGGAAUGAGCCAUAGUCCAAGUUUAAGUAACAUGCCGUUGUCGCCUUAUCGCAAAUAUAUCGAACACGUACUUAAAUCGCGUGGUCUGGGUCAAUCGUUGUCAUUCUUACAUCGACUUCAUAAUACUGUUUUACGUAAAGCACAUGCAACUCUAGAAGUGCCCGGUGCUGAAGAGUCCGAUCUCGAUUUUGAUGGUUUCAAUGAUGAAAUUCGAGAGACUGAAAUACCAUUAAGCAAAGAUCACGAAGAAGAAUUACGACGUUAUGGAAUUUGGAGUGAAGAGGCAACAUCCUUGAAUCUGCCAUCAUAUGUACCGGCUUUUGUAUUUUUAUCGAUAAUGCCAUUGGAAGUGAUGCACGAAUAUUUGCGUAUGCGGUUAGAAUCAAAGCCAGUCACCCCAAAUCCGCUUAGUCUCGAGCAAUUGAUGAAAGAAUUGCGUGAAGGUUUAAUUUUGGCUAUGACACAUCGUGAACGCUACAAUAAACAUAUACACACCGCAUUUUAUGACAAAGAAACCGAACUGGAAAAACAUAUGCUAAUUUUGGAAGAUUAUGAUGCAACGGUGAAAAAUGUUCUCGACGUAUACUUGGAAUAUGUUGAACAAUGGGUUUUGGUUGCGGCUCCCGAAGGUCAUCGCAAAAAUGCCCUGGAUAAAGAAUGGAUGUUUUCAAAAUUGAUUUGCCCGAUGAUUCCCGGCCAGCAUGCAAAUGUGGCAAAAAAAUUCUGUCAAAUUGUCAGCGAUUUACUGCAAAUCACUGGAAAUCGUUUAAUAAAUCGUUCACAAGAUCUUGACAAUCAAAUCAAUGACAAAACAAAUUUGAACGAAGAUGAAAAGAAAUGGCAAAUUCUAACCGUGUGCCGUAAUAUUCAAGCUCUAUUCACAUUGGAACGUGAGAAAACAAUGCGAUUAAUGAGCUUUGCAAAAUCACUGUGUCGUGACAUUGAAAUGCCCGAUUUUCAUCGUGAUCACGAUAGUGAUGGCCGGGAUUUUGUGUGUCAAGUGGUAAAAGACGCGGUAACGAAAUUGCAAAAGGAUGUGUUGUCGGUACGAGAUAAAUUAACGAAAAUCAUUGAACGGGUUCAAGAGCGAUGUGAUGUUAAAUACCUUGGCGAUAAGAUUGAUGAAGCGGAUAAAAUGUCAAUAUUAUCACGUGCCCGGGAAAUUCUACAUCAAGGCUAUAAAUUUGGUUUCGAAUAUCAUAAGGACAUUUCACGUUUGUUUGAAACGAAAAUCGUCAGCUGCAAAGAUAAAUCAUGUGAAUUUAAUUUGUCAUUGGGAAUAAUAAACUUUGCAAAAAUGUGGAUGGAAUUUGUAACACAGCGUUGUGAACGGGGUAGAGGCGUGCGACCACGUUGGGCCACAUUAGGUUUGGAAUUUUUAAUUGCUGCUUGUGAUCCAUCAAAUACGGUAAAAUUAUCCGAUUAUGAAUUUGAUGAUUUAAAAACGAAAAUGGAUGCAUGCAUUUCACAUGUUGUUGGUAUUGGUACGGAACCGGCAGACAAAAUACGAAAACCGCGUGCCUCACCAAGAGCACGAAAGAUAUCACCGAAUGCUCCCACUCGUACGCCAAAUCGUCGCAACCUUUCGCCACGAAUUUCAAAUGAACAACGUCAGUUUAUGAACUCAAUGAGUGUAAGGGAAGAGGUCACCUCACCUACUAGCGCACCAAAUACACCAGAAUUGGUGCGAAAACAAACUUCUUGUGAUCAAGUUGAUAAUGUUGUAUCCGCUAGCAGUACUUUAUUAAGAGUGCCAAAAAUGAACAAUUUCGGGCCGGCAUUACGACAAGUUCGUGUACGUGACGCUGUUAAUCAUUUAGAUUUGGAAAUUGAUCGCAAAAUGCGUGACAAAAAACUUAUUGGUCAAAUUAAAACCAUACAUAGUUCCGAUAAAAUUCAAAUUAAACUUCGUAGCGUCAACUUUAGAUGGCAUCGAGGAAUUAAGAUUGGACAAGGACGCUUUGGAAAGGUGUACACAGCUGUAAAUAACUUGACCGGUGAACUGAUGGCAAUGAAAGAGAUUGCAAUACAACCAGGUGAAACAAAAGCCAUUCGAAAUGUUGCCGAAGAAUUGAAAAUAUUCGAAGGAAUCAGUCACAAGCAUUUGGUGAAACUGUAUGGCGUUGAAAUCCAUCGGGAGGAAUUACUCAUUUUCAUGGAAUUGUGUUCAGAGGGUACUUUGGAGUCAUUAGUUGAAAUGUCCAACGGUUUACAUGAAGGCUUAACACGACGUUAUGCAGCACAGUUAUUGGACGCUGUGGCUGAAUUACACCGACAUGGCGUUGUACAUAGAGACAUUAAACCAGCGAACAUAUUUCUGACAAAAUCGGGCAAUUGCUUAAAAUUAGGUGAUUUUGGAUCUGCUGUUAAAAUUCAAGCCCACACAACAAUACCCGGAGAGUUACAAGCAUAUGUCGGCACCCAAGCAUAUAUGGCGCCAGAAGUAUUCACUCGUAACCACACCGAUGGCCAUGGAAGGGCGGCUGAUAUUUGGAGUGUUGGCUGUGUUGUUAUCGAAAUGGCAUCUGGAAAGCGGCCAUGGGCACAGUUCGAUCAAAAUUACCAAAUAAUGUUCAAAGUCGGUAUGGGUGAAUCGCCUGAAAUUCCCGACACAUUAUCAGAAGAAGGACAAAAUUUCUUACAAAAUUGCCUGGAACACAAUCCAAAGGAAAGAUGGCUGGCGAGCGAGCUAUUACAGCAUCAUUUUUGCAAAGUUGAUUUUCAUGACGAUGCCAGCACCGAAAAUGAUGACAAUCAAAAAUCCAACGCGUCCAAAUGAAUUGUAUGAUUAAUUGUGACUGUAUUACUUAUUUGAAUCCAAAUUCAAUAUUUUUGCUCUUUUAAAUAGAUGAAAAAAAAAUAAUAAUAAAAAUUUAUCAGAAUCGACUUGUCGAUAAAUUCAUUCGAACAA